AUACGUUCGUCCCACGUAAUGAAUUUUUUUGGUCCUUUUCUUCCUCUGGGCAGACGCCCUGUUUGACCUGCUGGAAUCCUUCAACCUCGAGUUUGACCCCAUUUUACCCUUCCCAUUUCUCCCCUGCAUCUCCCCUGUUUUUCUUGACCGGCAUCCUCCUGCUCGGCGAACCCCUCCCCUCUUAUUUAUUUCCUGCUCCCCAUCUUCUUCCCCUGUUCCUAGGGCUUCCUCUCUCUGGUUCCUCUCUAGGGUUUCCUCGAUCUCGAUCGAAUUCCUUGGAGCUCCGCGCGUCCCCCAGGCGUCGGGAUUUCAGGCGGUAAAGAUGCCGCCUUUCUCAUGCUCCACGCCGUCGAACGGGUUGCAUCCGGCGAAGAUGGACUCCAACGUGGUGACCAUCAACGUGGGCGGCCAGAUCUUCCAGACCACCAAGCAGACCCUCGCCCUCGCCGGCCCCAAAUCGAUCCUCUCCGCCGCCGCCAAGUCCCAAUUGGCGCACCUCGGCGAGCAUUUCGUCGACCGGGACCCUGAAUUGUUCUCCGUCAUCCUGUCCCUCCUCCGGACCGGCAACCUGCCAUCGAAAGCUAAGGCCUUUGAUCUUCAGGACGUGAUCUCGGAAUCCCAGUUCUAUGGGGUCGAGUCCCUUUUGGUCAAUUCCGUGUCGAACCCCUCUCAGUUCGACGCCUUCAACCUCCAGAAAUCGCUGGUCUUGCCGCUGAACGGCCGCGACGCGCCGUCGGCGAUCGCCGCCACGCCUUUCGGGUCCCUCCACGUCGCGCACGGGAGCAAAAUUACCUCGUUCGAUUGGUCCCUGGGGAGGAAGAAGACCAUUCUGACUCAAUUCACCGCCGUUGACUCGCUGCUGCCCAUCUCGCCGGCCGUGGCCGCGGCUGGGGCCACCGACUUUUCGGGUUUGCAAAUACUUGAUCUUGAGAAUGGGGCUGUUAGGGAGACUUUGAAUUGGGAGAAUGUGACUAGGUCUGGUUCGACUGUGCAAGCGAUUGGUUCGUCGGGUGAGCACUUAUUUGUUAGCUUUGAAUCUGGUCGGAGGAACUCGAAUUCGAUCUUGGUCUAUGACUUGCAGAGCUUAAGCCCAGUCACAGAGAUUGGUCAUAAUGAGAUUUUCGGUGCUGAUCUUGAUUCAGCUAUCCCGGCAACGAAAUUGAAGUGGAUUCCAAGUUAUAAUCUUUUGAUGGCAUCUGGAUCUCAUGGUGGACCAUCGGGUGUUUCGGGCAAUAUCAGAUUUUGGGAUAUAAGGACGGGGAGCAUAGUGUGGGAGGUGAAGGAUAAAGUUGACUGCUUUUCCGAUGUUGCGGUCUCGGAUAACCUAUCUGCCAUGUUUAAAAUCGGUGUGAAUUCAGGCGAGGUGUUUUAUAUGGAUUUGAGGAACUUGGAUGACGACAAGUCUUGGGUUUGUCUUGGAGAUAGGAGAAAAAUGCUAAAUGGAAAGAAGGAAGGAGUUGGGUGUAAAAUCGAGAGUCAUGGGAAUCAGGUCUUUUGUACUAAAAAGGGCGAUAUAGAGUUGUGGUCGGAGGUGUUGAUCAGCUCUCAGAAGAAAAGCAACGACAGUUUAGGAGAGAGGGUAUUCAGGAAGAACUUAAUGGGAAGAAUGAAAGAUACGGGAGGAGCUAAGAUCACCAACUUGGCUUUUGGAGGGAACAAGAUGUUUGUCACCAGGAAGGAUCAGCAGUCUAUUGAGGUUUGGCAGAGUUCAGUAAGAGGAUUUUGAUCCCAAAAAUUAAUGUUUUGUAUUAGAUUAUUGGCACGAUCUGCGAAUAGCAUUGUGUUGUGAAAGACACUGUAACUGAUUCUUUUGUAAAUAGUUAUGUUUGUUCUUCCCCAAGCAAGAAAACGUAAAAGAACGAGAUGCUGAAUUUAGAUACUUGUUUCCUGUCA